UACAAAAAUAAAGUGGUGUAAAAAUGACAAUUAUCCUAUUUUUGGUCGACACCUCGUCGUCCAUGUGCCAAAAAGCCUAUGUGAAUGGCGUACAAAAAACCUAUCUGGACAUAGCCAAGGGUGCCGUGGAAACUUUUCUCAAAUACCGUCAACGCACACAAGACUGUCUGGGCGAUCGUUAUAUGCUGCUGACAUUCGAAGAACCGCCCGCCAAUGUUAAGGCCGGCUGGAAGGAGAAUCAUGCCACGUUUAUGAAUGAAUUGAAAAAUCUCCAAUCAACGGGCCUCACUUCAAUGGGCGAGUCGCUGAAAAAUGCUUUCGAUUUGCUAAAUCUCAAUCGUAUGCAAUCUGGUAUUGAUACAUACGGGCAGGGUCGAUGCCCAUUCUAUUUGGAACCUUCCGUAAUUAUUGUGAUCACCGACGGUGGCCGUUACUCGAAUCGUAAUGUUGUACACCAGGAUAUUAUACUGCCGCUGAAUACCCAAAUACCGGGUACCAAAUUCACCAAGGAACCUUUUCGAUGGGAUCAGCGUCUGUUUUCGCUGGUACUGCGUAUGUCGGGCAAUCGUGUCGAUGAGAGGGUUGAAGGCAAGGUGCCGCACGAUGAUUCACCCAUCGAGCGGAUGUGUGAGGUGACCGGCGGACGUUCAUAUCGCGUGCGUUCCCACUACGUUUUAAAUCAAUGCAUCGAAAGUUUGGUACAAAAGGUUCAACCGGGCGUGGUGUUGCAGUUCGAACCUCUCAUACCCAAAGAUCCCAAUAAUAUGCCCAAUGAGGCACUGCAGGAUUUGAUAUUCCAACCGCUGAAGAAAAUGAUCUAUGUCCAGAAACACAUUAGUCAGAAGACAUUUCCAAUUGGCUACUGGCCUCUGCCCGAACCGUAUUGGCCUGAUCCGAAGGCGCCAACGUUACCACCACGUGAUGCCCACCCUAAGUUGAAGGUAGUGACUCCGGCCGUGGACGAGCCGCAGACUGUACACAAUUUCCCCGUGGAUAAAUAUGAAAUUGAAGCUAGUCCCCUUACCCUGCAGAUUUUACAGAAACGCGAAAUGAAAAAAUGUUGGCAGGUUAUCAUUUCGAAUGGCAUGCAUGGUUUUGAGUUGCCUUUCGGUUAUCUGAAGGCAUCUUCAACAUCGUCACAAGUCCACCUCUAUGUAUUGGCCUACAAUUAUCCGGCCCUGUUGCCUUUGUUACACGAUCUGAUACACAAAUACAAUAUGAGUCCACCCAAUGACUUGAUGUACAAAUUCAAUGCCUAUGUGCGAUCCAUUCCUCCCUAUUAUUGUCCAUUUUUACGCAAAGCUCUGCUCAACAUUUCCGUACCGUAUCCCCUGUUGCAGUUUUUGCUGCCGGACAAUGUAGACAAUUAUUUAUCGCCGAACAUUGCCAAUCAAUUGAAGCACAUCAAGAACACGGCGAAGCAGGAUCAAGAAAACCUCUGCAUGAAGGUCUACAAGCAGUUGAAACAGCCCAAACCGCCCUACCGGCAGGUGGAGACGGCGAAACUGAAUACUGGUGUGGCGCUGCGUAGAGAUUUGGUUAGGCAUCCCUUGCUGCGUGAUACCUUUGCUAAAUUGCAUUCAGAAAUUGAACCCUUGGAGAACUACACAGUUGUGGUGCCUCAGCUGACAAGGCAACAAUCGGCCAAGUCCUAUCGCAACCCCUUCGAUAUUCCACGACGUGAUAUUAUCGAAGAAAUCGGACGUAUGCGUGAGGCAUUUAUGCGGCCCCAGCCGGUUAGUUUGGUGGCAAAGGAUUCGGGACAUUGUCUACCCAUUGCCGAAAUGGGUAAUUACCAGGAGUAUUUGAAGAACAAGGAUAACCCGCUGCGUGAAAUAGAACCCACGAAUGUGAGGCAGCACAUGUUCGGCAAUCCCUACAAAAAGGACAAACACAUGGUUAUGGUUGAUGAAGCCGAUUUGGGUGAUGUGGCAGCGCCCAUGAAGGGCAAUGGUGCAGGUACUUCUGGCGUUCCGGGUGUCGGUGGAGUGGGCGGGGCUCCCGGCAAGAAACUGGACGCUUCAAGGGUGCGUAAACGUAAGGCUGGUCCCAUACGCAUGGAUUAUGUAUUUCGACGUACAUCAACCGACUCUCGCCCACGCACACCCACGCCAUCCUGUUCUGGCGUCUCUCCCAAUUCCUCCCCAAUCGCUAGCUCCGGCAUGUCCUCAAAUGCGUCAUCAGUAUCUUCCCUAUCCGAUUUGGAAUCAAUGGAUUCGGAUUCCGACGCCUCGUCAAUAUCAUCCGGCAUGUCCGAAGAUGGUGAUCCUGAUCGAUUGGUGGUGGCCUUCCCCGACUUUCCCGAAGAAGAAGCCACCGAACCGGAAUUCUGUAAUGUUUAUGUGCGGGAUUUCAUAAACGGGGUUGGGGUUGAAAAUAGCUGUGAUAAUUCUCAAAAUAAUGAUCUUAUAAACCCUGCGGGUUCCUCCCAACUGAAUGCCGGUUCAAUAUCACCGCAAAUGUCCACAUCCCUCGAUGACAGCACAACCGCCGCUAAAUCAUCCGACUCAACCCCAAUCUCCUGCCUCGUCCCCACAUCCGUAUAUGCCCAAUUAUGCAGCGUGACAACAAUGCAGCCACAAGUACCACAAAUAAUACCAGGGAACAACAGCAUACCGUCUCUGCAACCUGUUACAGCAGCUUCAGCCGCUGCGGCUGGUGGUGGUGGUCAUCAUUUACAUGAUAUCAAUGAUGCACAGGAGAUAUCCAGAAUACUGCAACAAUGUCAUAAUGGUAAUUCCACAUCCUCUUUGCCGGUAACAUCUUCAUCGGCGUCAACUUCCUCUCUCGGAGGUGUUACUGCAACUUCCGAUACCAACCCGCCACCUGCUGAUAGUUCAAAAAUAGACAAUGAAACGGCCCUGAUGCCACCACCGGCAUCAUCGACCCCACUAAGUACCCUGCUGGCUAGCAGUAAUUUUGAUACAUUAAAAAGGGAAGGCACAAAUGGCAGUUCGUCCUCCUCGGCAGUCAAUUCGCAUACAUUCUCAAAUCAUGUUAAUCAUAUGGCGGCCUCGCCACUAACACCCCCGCCCCUUACCGAUGAACAAAAAGAACAAGCCCGCAAACAUAAUAUGGAUUUACGGGAUCAAGUAUUCCGUGAUAUUCGACGGCCAGGACGAAAUUAUUCCCAACUACUGGAGCAUUUGAAUUUAAUCAAGGGCGACGAAGAUAUGAAAUCGAAAUUCAUACAAAUGUGCAUUAGCGAAUCGUUACGGUUUCGACGCAAACAAAUGGUCAACAGCAUACAGGAAUGGUGGGAUAAGAAACAACAGUUGCCAGCGACAAGUUAACAA